AUGGCUACCGACGUGGAACAGGCCAACCUUGGCCAUCUGCGUAGAUCAUCCAGCGGAGAAAAGGAGGAGCCCAAGCGCGGGCUUACACCACCCGGCGACCAACAUGAUGCCAUCUACACAGGCACUCUCACCGACGCGCACUACGAGGGCAAGCCUACUGAAGAGGAGCUGGCAACUCUGCGGCGCGUUGCCGGAGGUGUGCCUCUAGUUGCCUACCUUUUGUGUUUGGUGGAGUUUUGCGAACGUGCUUCCUACUAUGGAUGUGUUCAGAUUUACGGCAACUAUGUCAACCGUCCUAUGCCUACCGGCGGUGACGGCUGGGGAGCACCCCCACCUGACACCCAACAGACCGCCGGCGCUCUCGGCAUGGGCCAAGCAGUUUCUACCUCGGUCACACAAUCCGUCAGUCUCCUCGCCUAUGGCUUGCCACUCAUCACCGGUUGGCUUGCCGACACAAAGACGGGACGUUUCAACCAGAUCUGGUGGGGUGUGUUUGUCAUGGGUGUUGGACAUGUUAUCUUGGUCGCUUCGGGCGCCAAGGAUCUGCUCGCCAACGGCAACGCCAAGAUUCCAUUCUUUAUCGGCAUCUACACAAUCGCACUCGGCUCCGCCAUGUUUAAACCCAACGUCUCACCUCUGCUCCUCGACCAAAUGACCAGCCACGUUCCCAAAGUCAAGACGCUCAAGUCAGGAGAGAGGGUCAUCGAGGACCCUGAGCACAGCGUCGAGCGUGUCAUGCUCUGGUUUUAUCUCAUGAUCAACGUCGGUGGCUUCAUGGCUGUCGCCACCUCGUACUCGGAAAAGUAUGUUGGCUGGUGGCUCUCUUUCUUGCUGCCUCUCAUCCUGUACAUGCCCCUGCCGCUAGUGUUGAUGUACCUCAAGCCACGCUUGGUUAUGCACCCGCCCGGCGGCUCUGACCUGCUCAACAUUUUUCGCGUCCUGGGCUACUGCAUGCGCGGCGGUGGCAUCUUCCGCAUCGGCCGCAAGGGCUGGUGGAACGCGGCCAAGCCUUCGGUGAUUGCAGCAAACGGCGGCACCGAGACGCGCUGGAACGACCAGUUCAUUGAGGACGUCAAGCGUACUUUCCAGGCCACAGGCAUGUUCUGCUUCUUCCCGAUUCAGUUCAUCAACGACAAUGGUCUUGGAAGCGCCCCCGGCCUGACCAGCACCAUGAUGGUAACCAACGGCGUGCCCAACGACCUGCUCUCCAACAUGAACUCGCUCAUCAUCAUCAUCGGUGCGCCGAUCCUCAACUAUGGACUCUACCCACUUUUGCGGUCCGCCAAGAUCCACUAUGGGCCUGUGGCGCGCAUUACUACAGGCUUCUUCAUCAGCACCCUCGGCGGCAUAGGCUACACGGUUCUGCAGUACUAUGUCUACCAGAUGAACCCAUGCGGUUGGUUCGGUGGAAGCGACCCUCGCUGCGUGGACAACGGUCUCGUCUCGGACAUCUCGGUCUGGUGGCUUGCCCUUCCAUACGCGCUGGGAGGCUUUUCUGAGCUCUUCAUCAACGUCCCCGCCUACGGCAUUGCAUACAGUCGUGCACCCGUGAACAUGAGGGGUCUUGUUUCGGCCAUCAACCUGUUCAACACGGCCAUUGCCUACAUCAUCAACCUGGCAUGCUCGCCUAUCGUGCAAGACCCUUACCUGGUUUGGGACUUUGGAGGGCCGGCAAUUGCUGGCGGAAUCGUCACUGUCGUCUUUUGGUUUCUGUUCCGCCACAUUGACAAGGAAGAAUACGUCCUCUCGACGCAGGCCGAAGAGCUCCACGAGCAUCACGACAGCACGGGCACGGGCAAGUUCAUCGAGCCCAAUGAGCUCAACGCAUCGACCAACCUUCCAGCCCCAAUUGCCGACAACGAGCAGUAUGGAAUUUCACAAAAGCAGUAG